AUGGUGGAGGGGCAGGUCUUGGUGCUUGAUGGCCGAGGCCAUCUCCUGGACCGCCUGGCGGCCAUCGUGGCCAAACAGGUGCUUCUGGGCCGGAAGGUUGUAGUCGUGCGCUGUGAGGCCAUCAACAUUUCUGGCAAUUUCUACAGAAACAAGUUGAAGUACCUGGCCUUCCUCCACAAGCGCAUGAACACCAAUCCAUCCUGUGGCCCCUACCACUUCCGAGCACCCAGCCGCAUCUUUUGGCAGACAGUGCGAGGCAUGCUGCCGCACAAGACCAAACGAGGCCAGGCUGCCCUGGAGCGCCUCAAGGUGUUUGAUGGGAUCCUGCCACCCUACGACAAGAAAAAACGGAUGGUGGUUCCUGCUGCCCUCAAGGUUGUACGCCCGAAGGCUACACGGAAGUUCGCUUACCUGGGGCGCCUGGCUCACGAGGUUGGUUGGAAGUACCACGCAGUAACAGCCACCCUGGAGGAGAAGAGAAAGGAGAAGGCCAAAAUCCAUUACCGGAAGAAGAAGCAGCUCAUGAGGCUACGGAAACAGGCCGAAAAGAAUGUGGAGAAGAAAACUGAUAAAUACACAGAGGUCCUCAAGACCCAUGGACUCCUGGUCUGAGCCCAAUAAAAUUGAUUGUUUAUUCCUCAUGCUUGGCCUGGCCUGCCCUUCCUCCAUCGCUGCCCUAGGAUAUGGGGGACCCCCAGGGGCUGCUGUCUGGAGCCACAGGCAGCCUGGGGCUUAGAAUGCUGGGAACACAGAAAGGGCUUUAGUCACUGCUGUUA